UUCCUACUCCAACCAUCCGCAAGGCUUAAAAACUUCAAACUCAGAAAAAAAUUGGGGUUUCUAAAUUCACUGUUGAGUGCCGUGGAUUACUUUUGCAAAGGGUUUUUGGAGCGCUUCUUGAAUUUUCUGAUUCUUUACCUGUCCCUGACGGUGUCUGGAUGUGGGUCUGAUUCAAAGCAACAGAAUCACGGAGGUUGGAGGGCAGGGGUAAAGAAAACGAUGGGCUUGUCUGUGUUGGACUUCUGGAUCCUCUUCGGGACUCCUUGGCUCCAGGCAUGCCAGUCGGUCCCGGCGAAAAGGAAGAGACACUCGGCAAGUGGCCGUCGGAAGCACUAUCAGUGGUGAGCGAGGACCAGUCGUUAUUUGAGUGCGCCUACGGAACGCCACACCUGGCCAAGUCAGAGAUGACUGCGUCCUCCUCUGGAGACUAUGGCCAGACUUCCAAGAUGAGCCCGCGGGUCCCCCAGCAGGACUGGCUGUCUCAGCCCCCCACCAGAGUCACCAUCAAGAUGGAAUGCCACCCUGGCCAGGUCAACGGCUCCAGGAACUCCCCCGACGAAUGCGGCGUGGCCAAAGUCGGGAAGAUGGUGGGCAGCCCGGACACAGUGGGGAUGAACUACAGCAGCUACAUGGAGGAGAAGCACAUGCCGCCCCCCAACAUGACCACCAACGAGCGCAGGGUGAUCGUGCCCGCAGACCCUACACUGUGGAGCACGGACCACGUCCGGCAGUGGCUGGAGUGGGCGGUGAAAGAGUACAGCCUCUUGGACGUGGACGUCUUACUGUUCCAGAACAUCGACGGGAAGGAACUGUGCAAGAUGACCAAGGACGACUUCCAGAGGCUCACCCCGAGCUACAACGCCGACAUUCUCCUCUCUCACCUCCACUACCUCAGAGAGACUCCUCUUCCACAUUUGACUUCCGAUGAUGUCGAUAAAGCCUUACAAAGCUCUCCACGGUUAAUGCAUGCUAGAAACACAGGGGGUGCGGCUUUUAUUUUCCCAAAUACUUCAGUAUAUCCUGAAGCUACGCAAAGAAUUACAACUAGGCCAGAUUUACCUUAUGAGCCUCCUCGGAGAUCUGCCUGGACCGGCCACGCCCACCCCGCCCCCCAGUCCAAAGCUGCUCAGCCAUCUCCUUCUGCAGUGCCCAAAACUGAAGAUCAGCGCCCCCAGUUAGACCCUUAUCAGAUCCUUGGACCAACAAGUAGCCGCCUUGCUAAUCCAGGCAGCGGCCAGAUCCAGCUGUGGCAGUUCCUUCUGGAGCUCCUGUCCGACAGCUCCAACUCCAACUGCAUCACUUGGGAGGGCACCAACGGGGAGUUCAAGAUGACGGACCCUGACGAGGUGGCCCGGCGCUGGGGCGAGCGCAAGAGCAAGCCCAACAUGAACUAUGACAAGCUCAGCCGCGCCCUCCGCUACUACUACGACAAGAACAUCAUGACCAAAGUUCAUGGCAAGCGCUACGCCUACAAGUUCGACUUCCACGGGAUCGCCCAGGCCCUGCAGCCUCACCCCCCCGAGUCGUCCCUCUACAAGUACCCCUCGGACCUGCCCUACAUGGGCUCCUACCACGCCCACCCGCAGAAGAUGAACUUUGUGGCCCCCCACCCUCCCGCCCUCCCUGUCACCUCCUCCAGUUUCUUUGCUGCCCCAAACCCGUACUGGAAUUCCCCGACUGCGGGCAUCUACCCGAACACUCGGCUUCCUGCCGGCCACAUGCCUUCCCACCUGGGCACUUACUACUAGUGACCCCACGGAGGCCUCUCCUGCCCCCGGGCCGCCACCACAGAUCGCCAAGGACUCUAUGGGACAACAGGGGUCAGAAGUGCCUCGAGAGGGAAGAGUAACUUGGCUGGGGCUGGGAAGGGGUCCGGGAGAGAGUCCUAAAGACUCACAGCGGGAGGGAGUCACUAAAGUAUUACUAGAGACACCACGGAUGCUCGAAGUGUAAUGAACACGGACGUGUCACCUGCGGCCACCCUUGCUGAGGACGCGGAAGCAUGAAGUCGAAAGCACGUGUGCCGGAGGGUGUGGCCUUAAUAGUGUAGAGCCAUAGAGUAGAGUUUGGGGUCCGGCUCAUGAGAACUGGGAUCCAACUAAAGCAAUAGAGGUAACACCGUCUUGGCCGAGUGUCACGGAAGGAAAACUACCUGUAUUUAAAAACAGAAACAUAUCAAACCCGAAACAAAACCA